UAAACUUCUCACCUCUUAAUUCAACUUCCGCUUCCGCCAUCUUUCUUUCCGGUUGUGCGCCCUUCUCGACGCCGACAUGAAGGUCGAUUUGUGCAGUUUCAGCGGGUACAAAAUAUACCCCGGCCAUGGCCGCCGAUACGCCAGGAUAGACGGGAAGGUGUUCCAGUUCUUGAAUGCCAAGUGCGAGUCUGCAUUUUUGUCCAAGAGGAAUCCUCGACAGGUCUGCUGGACUGUGCUGUACAGACGCAAGCACAAGAAGGGACAAUCUGAAGAGGUGUCUAAGAAGCGUACGCGUCGCGCUGUCAAAUUCCAGAGGGCCAUCACUGGCGCCUCCCUGGCUGAGAUCAUGGCCAAGAGGAACCAGAAACCCGAGGUUCGCAAAGCCCAGAGAGAGCAGGCCAUCAGGGCUGCUAAGGAGGCCAAGAAGGCAAAGCAGGCAGCCAAAAAGCCAGCUGCUCCCAGCAAAGCUGCCUCCAAGACUGCACAGAAACCCAAGAUUGCCAAGCCCAUGAAGGUUAACGCACCCCGUGUUGGCGGCAAACGCUAAAGCCUUGGCUCCAAUUUUCUGGUUGUGAAUAAAACAAUUUUGGUUAACACUCA